AUGAAGUUUGGGCGUGUUCUCCGCGACUCUGCCGAUUGCUCCCCGGACCUGCCCGAGCUGAGGGCGCUGUUUGACGCCUACAAGCAGCUCAAGAAGCAGGUCAAGGCCAUCCCUGUGGUUGGGGCCGCCUCAACCACGCUGGCCGCAGAACAGCUGGCAUUCGGGGCGUCCUUGGGCGGUGUGGUGGCGCGUCUGAACGACAUGUGGCUUGAAAAGGAGGAGACCAGCGUGAUACGCGUCGAGGCGCUCGAGGCUGCGCUUGCGGGUGCGGGGCGUGACGUGGCGCGUCUGGACGCGCUGCGGCGUGAGCUGACCGAUUUUCACGGGGAGGUGCUGCUGCUGGUGCACUGGAGCAUCCUGGCCUACACCGCCACGGUCAAGCUGCUAAAGAAGCACCACAAGCGCACCGGCCUGCUGCUCAACGCGCCCCUCGGGAACCUGCUGUCACAGCCCUUUUGCUCAACAGAGGUGGGCGCAAUGGGUGGGACAGAGGGAGUGACGUGUGGAGCCAAGGCGGCGCUUUGCAUAGAUGGUUGGCUGUGUGAUGCAGCUCCAUGGCUUGCGGACCUGCACUGA